AUGUACAAAACGGUGAGACACGGUGAAAACAGUCUACAGUACACUAUUCUUCCGCAAACGGAAGAAGUACUCAACAACAGCGGUCUCAAGGGAAAGGGUCGGGACUACAGCCCGUCGAUUCACGUCCGUCGCUCCAGGAGGAGAUCAACUCUGAAAUAUGUUUUACUCAUCAUAUUCGGAAUUAUCACUGCAUUAGCGUUAGCAUCUGUUCCGCUUUACGUUAUGAACGGUGCUUUAUACGCUCGCAAGAAUCAGCAAGAUCAUCAUGAUAUAGUUACAACAGCUCCAUUGGCACCAGCCGGGCGAGAGAUUGUGAAAUCACGGAAAAAGGAACUAAAAAUGUUACCAACUAUUCUGCCGACUUUAGAUGCCAAAAUUGAAACUACCACAAUAACGUCAUCCACAGUGUCACCAACAACGGUGUCGACGACAGUAACUAGCGAGAAAGUGACCACACCACCUUGGUCUAUGCCUGCUUUAAGGUCGUGGAAAAGUUCCACGUCUUCAACAACAAUGUACCCUCUUCCCACAGAUCGGAACGCAGAAUUAGCUGCCAGUAAUACUCCACCCGAGGGUGUCCAUUCUAUGGAUCAUAUAUACUACAUGACAGUAAAACCUUGGGAUAAAGACAUUAUCAUAAGAGCAACUGUAACUCCGGAACCGAUCACUUUGCGUAAUGUGUUCAGAUAUUACUCUCGUGCUUUCGUACCUUCAGAGAAGCCCGUGACCACUAGUUCGAAAGUAUUCGAUGAUGUUCUGAUAACGACAAAGCCUACUUCUACGCGAACUCCAGUGACAACGGAUUUUAUCACCACCACCAGUGAGAAAUCUAAAUUUAAAGAUUUGAAAGACACUUUGCUAUCUGUCGAUGACGACGAUGAAUUCAAAGAAUCGCUGGAAGUCGACGAGGUGUUCUCAUUGCCGCCUUCCAAGCCUGGCUCAUCGACAUCUAAUACUGAUUCUGACGAAGUGACAGUCCUUAAAGCUGGUGACAGUAGCUGGUACGGUGCGAGGUGGCCUUUCGUCGAUACGUCUUCAUACUUCCAAUGGACGGGUUACUCGCCCGGUGAUAACUUGUUGCUUCCGCUGCUAGUGGCGGCGCUAUCAUCGAUUGCACUAGUGCUGCUGUUAGCGCUCGCAAAGUUAACCGCCGAGCUCCAGGCAGACGACAAUACCAACUUGCUAACCGCAGAAAAUCCAGAGGACGCUGAAGAGUGA